CUUCCCAAGCCAUAGAAUUGUCACGUGAUCCUGAUAUACCGAAAAUCGGAUUAACAUUUUCUCAGGGAAGAUAACGGUCCGCGAUCCGCGCAUGUCCGACUGGCCUCGGCAGUAUAACGAGGCUACGAAUCCUUUUGAGUCUCUUAUGACUCUUAUCAGCUCCAUCCGAGCAGAGAGAAUCCCCCACACCUUCGCCGCGUCCACCUAAUGUCCACCCCUCCAGUUCCUUUCUACGGAGACCUCAACUUUGCCUCUGAUAAAUCGGCGCCUGGUGCUUUCGCAUUUCCAUUUGUGACAUGCGUAUCGUCGGGAGAGCCUUUGCAUCUGAGUCCGCAUAGAGUUCAGCUACAUGAUUUACGUGAGGAAGAACAACGGCCUUCGCUGGAUGUUGAGGGCUUUACUUGGCAAACAGUACCGUUCGAAGGUUUGGACGGGGAGGAGGGAUGGGAAGAACGCUAUGCCAAAGAGACGUGCGAAUGGCUGAAAAAGCAUACCGGUGCGAAAGACUGCAAAGCAAUAAAUUACCAGAUCAGGGCGGCAGACGGAGAGUCUCGUCAAGAAGCCAACUACGCACAGGAUUCUGCCGAUCAAGUUCUCGGGAAGCAGCCUGUACCGGCCGUUCACUACGAAGAAGACCCUUCAGCUGCAAAGGCUGAGAGAGUCGCGAUUAGUGUGAGUCUGUUUAAUGUAUGGCGGCCGCUUCGUGGACCGGUAAUGGACGCGCCGCUUGCAGUGUGUGAUGCUCGUACGCUCGACCCUAAAGACAUGACCCAUACAAUCGACAAAUACGGUGGCGGAUACUUUAUCAAAUAUAACGCGAAUAUGAAGUGGAUGUACAUACGCGAUCAGAUGCCAGACGAAAUUCUGGUCUUUCGACAGUUUGACAGCACUUUGAUUCCUGCUGCUGGAGACGCAGCAUGCAUUGCACACACAGGCUUGUAGUCAUUGACGAAGAGCGAAAAAACCAGGGAAUACCUCGUCAAAGCAUCGAGCUGCGCUGCGGCCUUGUAUAUUAAAUUUGAAGGAUACUUGCUAGCAAUCAGAAGAAAAAUUUGAACUUGUAUGACGGCAUUGCGCAGCCGGUCUUCGCACAGCUCGGAGUUUGUUCGGCAUUCCACGGCAUAUUCGUCAUUCGCACAGCAAUAGUGGU